UAUUCUGUCUCCUUUUUUGAGCUAAAGUUUGUUACUUUGGUAAAGAAAAAAAGGUGUUGGAUCGGAGUUGGAUAUAUAAAGAAGCCAUGUUCAUCUCCAUGCUCCAUCUUCCUUAGCAGUUAACUCCCUCCAUUUUUACCACCACCAUCACCUUGCAGCCCAAGUCAGAAUCACCCUUAACCUAAAAAGGCACAUUCCCUCUGAUCCCCCUACACUUUCUCUUUCUUCCCAACAAGAGCCCUAUAUAUCGUUCUUUUCAUUUGUUUCAUUCAUGAAAGACGACAACACUGCAACAGCUAAUCUAACCCAAAACCGGCAACACCAGGUGUGCAGAACCACAGGUGCUGUUUCCUCCGUUGACCAAGUCGUCGACAUGUCGCCGCCGGUCAUGUCUCCGGAGGUGGUCCCUUCCAACGCCGGGGAUGAACUCAACUUGAUCCCAUCUUUGAACUUCGCUAUGGUUGACAAUGGCAUUUUCAGGUCCGGCUUCCCUGAUUCUGCCAACUUCUCUUUUCUCCAAACGCUUCGUCUCCGGUCCAUCAUAUAUCUUUGUCCUGAGCCAUACCCAGAAGCCAACAAUGAAUUUUUAAAGGCCAAUGGAAUCAGGCUGUUUCAGUUCGGAAUUGAAGGUUACAAGGAGCCAUUUGUAAAUAUCCCACAGGAUACAAUCCGCGAAGCUCUAAAGGCUGUCCUUGAUGUAAGGAAUCACCCGGUUCUGAUUCACUGCAAACGGGGGAAGCACCGAACUGGCUGUCUUGUGGGAUGCUUGAGAAAACUGCAAAGGUGGUGUUUGUCAUCAGUCUUUGAUGAGUACCAAAGGUUUGCCGCCGCAAAAGCUAGAGUUUCUGAUCAGAGGUUCAUGGAGUUGUUCGACACUUCUAGCUUGAAGCAUCUGCCGAUGUCGUUUUCUUGCUCGAAGAAGAAUAGGUGACGAGUUCCCUGAAUUGCAAUAAAAGGCGCACGUAGGUGUGAUAUAUAUUUAGCGUGGAGAUCUCCUCCCCGCCUUUUUCAUGUUGAUCUAGUUGUCCUCUACUUGUUUUACUUUGAAAGCCAUUGUUAGCUUCGUUUAAGGUUUCGAGACAGUUUUUACAGUGAACAAGAAUCAAGAUUUACAGCUAUUCUUCUUGUCAAGCUGCUUUUGCAGAUAAUUAUAGGCAAGGCAGCUAGAGUUCAGGCAAUGUAGACACAUGAUUCUAUUUGGCUACUUAGCUAUCAAUAUUCAUAUACAGAACAGCUCUUCUUUGGAA